CCCCCAACGCUACUGGUAUCCCAGGACCACCCGCCUGCCUCUGCCCUCUGGGAAAGCUUUCCGCAUCCUGCCACUGAGCACCGAGGAAGUAACAGUAGUUGGAGAGAUUCCAACCGAGAGAACAUGUCAUUCAGAUUCGGCCAACAUCUCAUCAAGCCCUCUGUGGUGUUUCUCAGGACAGAACUGUCCUUCGCCCUCGUGAACAGGAAACCUGUGGUCCCAGGACAUGUCCUGGUGUGUCCCCUUCGGCCAGUGGAGCGCUUCCGAGAUCUGCGUCCCGAUGAAGUGGCUGAUCUGUUUCAGGCAACCCAGAGGGUCGGCACGGUGGUGGAAAAGCAUUUCCAGGGGACUUCUCUUACUUUUGCUAUGCAGGAUGGCCCCGAAGCCGGACAGACUGUGAAGCACGUUCACAUCCACGUUCUGCCCAGGAAGGCUGGAGACUUUCACAGGAAUGACAGCGUCUAUGAUGAGCUCCAGAAACAUGACAAAGAGGAGGCAGACUCCCCAGCCCUGUGGAGAUCGGAGGAGGAAAUGGCAGCUGAAGCCGAGGCGCUGAGGGCCUACUUCCAGUGAUACAGGCAUGAAAAGCAACUCGAACAAAUCCCAAGGCAUAAGGAAAUGGGCCUCAUUCUCAAAACUCUGCGGCAUUGGAAAUGAAGCUAAGCAGACUUUAUUACAUCCUACAAUUCGGCAACCUUUUGCUCAGCAUUUUAUUGCCCUGCGGAAGCCACCCAGUUAUGUUUUAAUCAUGAUGACUGACAGGCUAACUUCAAAACAACGGCAUCGGCAGCCCUUCUGCACUCCUGGUCUGCGUACUCAGAACAGAGCCCUAUAUACAUUGUCCCUGUGCCUGGAUGGAAAUAAAA